AUGGCGCCGUCAGCUCCUGCUGCUAAGAAAUCUGAGGCGAAGGUCGCAAGUCAACCCUCAGCCAAAAAAACUAAAGCGUUGGAAUCAAUUAAUAGCCGUCUAGCUCUUGUUUUCAAGAGUGGUAAAGCGGCUAUUGGGUUUCGGCAUACCCUUCGCACUCUUCGUCGUGGUGGCGCCAAAUUGAUCAUAAUCGCUAGCAAUACACCUCCUCUCAGGAAAGCAGAGAUUGAGUACUACGCUAUGCUGUCGAAAACUGGUGUUCACCACUACAAUGGUACUAAUCACGACCUUGGCACUGCUUGCGGUAAAUACUUCCGCGUAAGUACUUUAGCCAUCGAGGAUCCGGGCGACUCUGACAUCAUUCGGUCUAUGCCUAAUGAGUCUUAA